AUGCGCGUCGGGUUCUUUGUCGCACUUUUCGCCUCGGCUGCUGCCUUGGUGUCCGCUGCUCCGUUCCCUUUGUUGCAAGGUGCUGCCGCACAGGCACAUCACCAAGCACAGGCAGACCACCAUCUACGACAAGCAGAAACUCACCUGGGUCAUGCAGAGACGCAUAGCAAUCAUGCCAAUACAGCAACAGCGAAUGGUAACCACCAAGCUGCUGCGCAUCACGUGGCCCAGUAUAAUCACCAUAUGGCACAGGUGGAUCAUCAUACCGCUGAACACGAACGUCAUCAAGCCCUGGCCGAUCAUCAUGCUCAAUUUGUUCAUCAUCGGAGCGUAGACGAGUUGGAUUAG